AUGGAGGCACGUACCAUCAACGCUUACAGAGAUGAGUGGGUUAUAGAUAUAAAUGCUCCACAACCGUCGACGCCAGAGCACGCAAUAACCUCGCGCUCUCCUUCCCCGCAGCUGGUGAUCGUGGGCAACGGGGCCGUCGGGAAGUCUUCCAUGAUCCAGCGCUACUGCAAAGGGACUUUCACCAAGGAGUAUAAGAAGACCAUCGGCGUCGACUUCCUUGAGAGACAGAUUACGAUCAGCGGCGAGGAGGUGCGACUCAUGCUGUGGGACACGGCCGGCCAGGAGGAGUUCGACGCCAUCACGAAGGCCUACUACAGGGGCGCCCAGGCCUGCGUCGUCGCCUUCUCCACCACCGACAGGGACUCCUUCAGCGCCGUCAGGAAGUGGAAGAAGAAGGUCGAGGACGAGUGUGGCAGCAUACCCAUGGUCCUCGUGCAGAACAAAAUUGAUUUAAUCGACCAGGCCACCGUCAAACCGGACGAGGUGGAGACGCUGGCACGCGAGCUGCGCAUGCGCCUGUACCGCACGUCCGUCAAGGAGGACCUCAACGUGGACCAGGUGUUCAACUUCCUCGUGGAGCGGUACCUGGCCCUCAUCGCGCAGCCGGAGGACAUCUACGCCGCCAAGACCGUCGGAGAGAAUAUCUUCGGCAACCCUGCAAAGUUGAAGAAGGGAGACACCAUCACACUCAGCGGCAAGAAGAAAUCAAGCAAGAAACAGCUGAUCAAGAAUGCAUGUAAAGUUCUAUAGAGAGUGUCUUAUUAGUAAAUACCGCGUAUGUGAACGUAGAUCUCUGAGAAUCCUGAGCCGAUUUACUUGUACAUGGGUUCUCGAGUGAUCCCAGGAAAUAUACUAUAGAGGUGUUUUUUUUUUUUCUUUUUUUCUUUUUUUUUUGGGGGGGGGAGGUGUUGGGUCCUGUGACGACGGAAAAGAAAUGGGGGAACUUGAUGCCACUUAAUGCCAGUACCUCUUUAUCGACGAUUAGGAGAUCUGUUCUUGAGCCUUGACUUGGAAACUGACUUGGAAAGUGUUCUCUCGCAGGCUAGAAAUCCUGUAUUUUCAGUAACCAGCCAAGGGUUAAGAAGAAACUACUGUGGACUUACGAUUAUACAUAUAUAUGGCAAAUCGACUAUAAUGGAUAGAUAGUACUCAUCAUAGUUAUUCAUCAAAGAUACCAUAAUGUAGUACGAAAUCAUAGUAUCACAUACACUGCAAUAUUUUAGCAGUCUCAGAAAUAGCACAAAACCCAUACAACGAAAGGAAACACAAUAAAAAACACACACACACACACCAGGAGCGUCAUAACCAGCGCUUCUAAAUCUUGAGAGAGUUACAGUGGAAAGCGUUUUGACACGUUGUAUGAAUAUAUCAUAAACACACUUUGUGCGUUAAUCACAGGUAUACCCAUUAGGCAGAGAUUGCCUCGCGGACUACUGAUAUAUAUAUAUAUAUAUAUAUAUAUAUAUAUAUAUAUAUAUAUAUAUAUAUAUACAUACAUACACACCGUCGUCUUCGCACACGAAUAUUAUCAUCUAUUUAUCCAUAUAUAAGAUGUGUGAACCCAACACUAACAGUCCAAGUCUUUACACAUCAUAAAUGUAAAUGAAUUACUUUAUAUGUGUAUAUUCAAUAUAAAGAAAAAACCUUAGCAGUUUAAAAUUAUUGUAAUUAUUGUGAGAUUAACGUGAUAGCCCUUUAAUAUUCGUGUAAGUUCCAAAUGUUUUUUGAUGAUCACAUGACAAAUCUGUGAUAAGAUGCCGUCCAUAACCAACCGCAAAUGUUUGACAAAAUUGCGCUAAUUUCAUAUAUUUAAUUUCAUUAUUAUCUUUACAUAAUUCUAAUGAUGGCAUUUUAAGAAUAAAGUGCGUUAAACAAUUUAGCUUGGAAGAAACACAUGAACGAUAGCUGAGUAUGAUAUAAAUGUUAGUCUUUUAUAGUAUUAGUCACAAUUCAAGUAAAGACGAAAAUUUCCGAAACACCGAUUGUAAACAACGGGAAAUGCCCUUGUCAGUUCCUCUCUUAAUACGCUAUUUAGACAGCAACAGGAGGACUGACAUUAGUAAUCCCUUCUUAACAGCGUCUACAAAGACUGUUCAUGUAUUCGUCACACAAUAUUUAUUACACACAUAGAGGAAGGAAGCACAACUGUGUAUUAGAAAGGAAAAGUCCCUCUAGUGAUUUCCAUGUCAUAACUAUGGAAUGAUACUGGUGGGUUUAGUUAAGAGCGGAAGGAAUCAUAGUUUUGCUCAUUGAUAUGAUGUAGGGAAGAUCAUUCAUAAUAUGUCUGGAAGGUUUGAUGAGAAUUAAUAAGUCUACAGUGCAAGAGAGGGACUUUACGCUUUUCAGUGAGGUUCAUUAGAAUUACAUGUAAUACUGAUGAAGACUAUUCAUUCUCAUCGAUACCUUUAUACAGAAAUUUGUGAUACUUCAUAUGUUAGUUACAUAAAAUAAUGUGUACGGAUUUGUGUACUGCAGAAAUUCACAUUCACUAUAAGUAUAAUGGAAUGUUACUGUACUGCAUACUGAGCAGUACUUAAUAUUCUAUUCUGGGAAAAUCAAUGUCAAACGAUAUUCGCCCCAGAAAAUAUUUGAACUUAGAACUUACCCAUGCAAUCAAUUCGCAUAAAUUUAGAUAUGCAUAAAACACACUAUCACCAUUCUGUACGAAAGCUUAAGCUUCCCCGUUACUCUGAUCAGUAAACCUAUUGCAUGAGGUUUUAUAAUGAACGAGCGUGUGUGUUGUGUAAUUAGGAAAAAAGAAAUCAGUCAGAAUGCAAAGGCCAGUUAUUUGUAAACUUCAGAAAGUAUGUCUUGACUGAUCGAACGUUCUUUCUGGUGGUGCUCACACAUCCCCAUCGAGGGGCUGAUAGGUACCAUGUGCCAACCAUAUCAUCCAGGUAAAAACAUGUAGAAGGAAUGCAGGAAAUAUUGUACAUGAAUUCUCGAAAACAAAUCUAUGUUCAGGUCAGUAAACCUGUCACAUUCUGAGUCCAUUUGAUUUCCUUUCUUUAAAAAAAAAAUCGAAUAUUUGCUGCAGCCUAACAACGAGACAACGAGAAGAUACAGUAGGUUAGUGCCAUAAUUAUUUUCAUACAGUCUGCUGCUAACUGGAGGCACCGGGAGGCCAAAGUGCCUAAUGAAGGUAGCAGUAUAUGAGGUCCCCUUUGUAGAGGUGUGGACCUGUUACUUGAUGUGAUUUUGUUUUGUAUAACAUGAACCUUAUAUUCACACAAUAUAUUCAAGUCAUUUAUUUGGAACGAAUAGCUGUAUUAUGUAUAUAUUUUCCUCUCAUGAUUAGGAAGUGGCUUUAAAUUCAAACGGCAUUUUCAGUGUUAAGUCUAAGUUGUUAUAUGACUUAUUUGGAUGUUAUAAUACAAAGCACAGUUAUAUACAUUGUCAUUUUUCUUAUUUUGACAAAAGCAAAAUCUACCCAGUAAUUCUAAACUUCCUAAUCAAUCUCAAACCAAAAUAUUUUACAGCUAACUUUUCCAUGUGUUGUGCAACUGUUAUAGAAGUGUUUUAGGAAAUUCAUGAGAAUUUUCUAUAAUAUAAUGUCCUGAUGUAAUAUUCCCUAUGUAUGCUUGAUACAAGAAGGACAAGCUUUUUACUCCACUCUCUUAUAGGGGAAUAUAUUAUUUUAUGUACAUAUUGUAACUUGUGUAUAUUUUUCUCAUUUGAAUAAUGUUUAGCAUAUUAUUUCGUUUAUUGUAUUGUACUGUAUGUGUUGCAUAAAUAUACUAAUUAAUAAUGA